CACAAACCUAAAUACAACGGAGUUUUCUGCUACAAUUCUUCAAUCUCAUUUACCCAAAAACAGCCAUUCAGAAAGCAAUCCGGCGAAGAAAAGCUGUGAAUUUUUUUUGAAAAUGGAAAUCACGGCGGGAAUCAGAGCCUAUGCGCUGUUGUUGAUGAUGCUGUUCAGUUUCGUCACCAAUCUCUCCGCGCUAUCUGUUACCGUCAACGAUGUCGAAUGCGUGUACGAGUACGUUCUGUACGAAGGCGACACCAUUUCCGGCAACUUCGUCGUUGUCGAUCACGACAUCUUCUGGAACUCGGAUCACCCUGGCAUUGAUUUCACUGUGACAUCACCUGGAGACAAUGUUGUCCACUCAAUGAAGGGAACAUCUGGUGACAAAUUUGAUUUUAAAGCCCCAAGAAGUGGGAUGUACAAAUUCUGUUUUCACAACCCAUAUUCAACACCAGAAACAGUCUCCUUCUACAUACAUGUUGGCCACAUUCCUAAUGAGCAUAACCUUGCCAAGGAUGAACACUUGGAUCCCAUUAAUGUUAAAAUUGCUGAACUGAGGGAGGCAUUGGAAUCCGUUACAUCUGAGCAGAAGUAUUUGAAGGCACGGGAUGCCCGCCAUCGUCAUACAAAUGAGAGCACAAGAAAGCGAGUCAUUUUCUACACAGUUGGAGAGUAUAUUUUGCUUGCUCUUGCUAGUUCACUUCAAGUUGUUUACAUCCGCCGCUUGUUCAGCAAGUCAGUAGCCUACAACCGGGUUUGACCAAGUUGCAUGCUUGUAGUUUCCUCAUCCUUUUUACAGGAAUUAUAUUGCUGUUUACUAUCACUGUCAGUUCAUUUAGAGGAAAAAACAACACUUCCCUGAAACAAAAAUAACAUUAUAAUUACUUGUUAAAUUUAUCAUCAACAUUUUAGGAUUGUGCAUUUGUGCAUGUAAUGUCAUCUUCUGUUACUUAAGACUCACCUGCAUGUAGUAGCAAUUUGUGCCCCAGAAGGGGUGAUUAAGUGGGUGGAGCAUAAUUUUUCUUACUUAAAGGUCACAAAUUCAAUUAUUGCCAAUAUCUUGGUGUGUAA